AUUUGGUUUUCUGGUGUGGCGCGCGACGAACGUUGUUUUGGGUCCUCUAAUUUCAGCCCAGCAACAUAACUCUUACUCCAUCUACACUUCAGGCCAUUCUGCACUCCACAUCACUUCCUACGAUACCCAGCCCAGCACUUUGAACAGCUUCUCUAGCCAACAUGUUUAAAUCUCUAUUCGAGUCCGCGCAGAACUCAACGUUCAGGUCGCCGUUCACCAGCGUCAGCUGCCAGGCUGCCGCUCCUUCCUCCGACCUUGCACUCUCUAAUGUGGCAUCCCCAUCAGUGUCAACCCUCGACGAUGUCUCGCCCCGCAAGCAUAGCCCCAACCACAAUUUUGCCGCCGCCGCCGCAGCUCCUCAGGGUGAUUCCUGCGAGUUCGGCUCGAACAAAUACUUCCUGCUGUGCGGGUUGGGAGGCAUCAUCUCCUGUGGCUCCACACACACCAUGGUAGUGCCCCUGGAUUUGGUCAAGUGCCGCCUGCAGGUGGAUCCGGCCAAGUACAAGAGUGUGUUCAACGGUUUCCGUGUCAGUGUGGCCGAGGAGGGCGUGAGGGGUCUGGGCAAGGGCUGGGCACCCACCUUCAUCGGCUACUCCAUGCAGGGCCUGUGCAAGUUCGGCCUGUACGAGGUCUUCAAAGUCAUUUACGGCGAUGCCAUUGGCGAGGAGAACGCCUUCCUGUAUAGAACCGGCCUCUACCUGGCCUCCUCGGCCUCCGCCGAGUUCUUCGCCGACAUUGCCCUGGCGCCAAUGGAGGCGGCCAAGGUCAAGAUUCAGACCACGCCCGGAUUCGCCAAGACGCUGCGCGAGGCUCUGCCCAAGAUGACUGCCCAGGAGGGCAUUGGUGCCUUCUACAAGGGUCUGGUUCCACUCUGGAUGCGACAGAUUCCCUACACCAUGAUGAAGUUCGCCUGCUUCGAGCGCACCCUCGAGCUGCUGUACAAGUAUGUGGUGCCCAAGCCACGUGCCGACUGCACCAAGGGCGAGCAACUGAUAGUCACCUUCGCCGCUGGCUACAUUGCCGGUGUCUUCUGCGCCAUUGUCUCGCAUCCCGCCGAUACGGUGGUCUCCAAGCUGAACCAGGCCAAGGGCGCCUCCGCUCUGGAUGUGGCCAAACAGCUGGGCUGGUCUGGACUCUGGGGCGGAUUGGUGCCUAGGAUUGUGAUGAUCGGCACCCUGACUGCUGCACAGUGGUUCAUCUACGAUGCCGUGAAGGUUACUCUCCGCAUGCCACGUCCUCCACCACCAGAAAUGCCCGAAUCCCUGAAGAAGAAGUUGGGCGUGACUGGCGAGCAGUAAACAAGAACCGUUUAUGGAUUGGUGCCUCUUGUUAAACGAAUUGGUCCACAUUUGUAUAGAUAAACCACGAUUGAAUAAAAACCACACUUUACACUA